AAAAAGAUGAUGUAGCCUACAAAUCUAUAAACCAAAAUUUUAAAGAUGGGAGAUUGGAUCCAUUGCAACAAUUGUUUUCUUCGACCAGUGAAUGCACUCCUUCAGUUUAGACUGACUACAUGUGGGCAUAUUUACUGUGACAACUGUAUAAACAAUGCAACAAAACCAAAAUGUCAAAUGUGUGGCUCAACCAAUGUCAAUGCCAUUCCUCUGUCAGCAAAGAUGGGACCAGAUGUUCAGAUCUUUUUUACCAAUGUUGUAGAACUAGCAAAGAAAAACACCCAGCAACUGAUUCAGGUGAUGGAAUUUCAACACAGUCACAGAAGAAGAUACCUUUCAUAUCUUGCUGCUCAGAUGAGUAAGCAGAAAGAAUUUAUGGAGAAAGCUCAGAAAAUGUACAAAUACACCCAAGAACUUGAAAAAGAACUUACAAAUUCAAAAGAAGAAAUUGCUUACUUAAAGAGAGCUCUGAAAGAACUAAAUUCUCAGCAACAUUAUAACCCCGUGGAGGUCAACUCAAACAAAAAUUCCCCUCAAACAGCUCCAAGAAAUGGUACAGCAGUUAUUGGUCCCAAUUAUGUAAAUCCAAAGUAUGGAAUGAGAACCACCCCACCCUACCUUGACCGUCAAAAAUUAGGCAACACACCACCAUUUGGUGUCAAGAGUAAGACACCACCAAGUCAGGAAUUAAAGAGGGUGUCACCAAGAAGUGUUCCUCAUCCAAUAUCCUUAGCACAAACCCCUUAUGCUAAAAGAGACUCCCCAAAGGUACAGGACUGCUUUGAGAGUUAUGCACAGGUUGGUGUUAGGCAGGGCCGUGGAGCAAGCAGGAUUUCACCCUCAAUGGACCCCAGAGAAGCGUCCAGAACUCCACCAUCUCAAAGCAGAAGUGCAACAGAGUUGCAAAGAAGUUCUGGCCAAGUGAGAGUGGAGUCAAUCAGACAUUCUCCAAUGGAACAUUCGGAAAACCAAAGUUAUCCAAGGAAUCAGGCACAAACAUCACCUUAUAAGGACAUUCAAGAAAAACUGGUUUCACCACCAGCUCAGCUGAAAGCACACAGAUCCAUGCCUCAUCCUAUCCCAAUAUGAUAAGAGCAUGUUGAAAAAAAAAAAGACAAAUAUAUACUAGAUGCCAACUAUUUUGUUUUUGUUUGGUAGAUUUUUUCCCAAAAAUUUUCAAAAUGCAUUUAA